UCAGUUUGAAUGUUUAACACAACAUUAAAGCAUUGGAAAAAAAAAUGUAAAAAGCUCUAUGCUGCUUGAUAAAAUAUUAUAGAUUUCAACUUUUUAAAAUAAUAUAUUUUUGAAGAAUGUUGACGUCAAGUGAAGAUCUGAUAAAUGUAUCAUUCGACAAGGAUGAAAAUACUCAAUCACUUGAAAAUGUACUGGGACCAACAAUAAUUGUUUCGUGGCUUCUGGGUGGUGGUGUAUCAAGACCAUUAAAAUCACCAUUAUUUUUAACAAUAUUACUUCGUUUAAUUAAUUUUUCAGUAUGUACAGUUAUUGUUAUUUACGGUGCAAUUGAUUUUUUUUUCUUUGAAAAUGUAUUUAAAAGUGAUACAUUUAAAAUUAUUUAUUAUUUCAACAAAGGUGUUUGUUAUAUUUCUUCAUACUAUUAUGUAUUCCAAGGAUUAAUAUAUUAUACAAAGUGGCCGAUAUAUGUUAAAAAAAUUAAUAAUAUUGAUAAAAAAAUGCGACAAAGCGGUUUACAAAAUGAUGAUGAUUCAAUUAAAAAAUUUCAAGGAAUGACAUUGCUAGCAACAUUUGCACUUGGACCACUAUCAUGUGUUUGUCAUGCACUUUAUUAUCUUUACUAUUUUCCAGAAGAUCUAUUUCCGUCAGAUCUUUUAUUAUAUCACACAAUUUGUCAAUCACUGAGUGUUAAUUUCGGAUACACUCUAACAGCAUAUGGAAUAUUUACACGAUUGAGAGUUAUCAACAGAGGAAUAUCAAGAAUUGGUGAUCAGUUUACAGCAACAAUGAUCAUUAUUGAAAUACGAAGAGCUCGAGAAGUUCAUCACGCAAUAUGUCGUUUUGUUAGAUUUAUAAAUUCAAUUCAUGGUAUUCAUUUAUUAUUAACAUCAUUAAAUGCAUUUACCAUGAUUGUCGGUACACUUUUUCGUAUAUAUAUGGGAGUUGUUGAAAAUCGUGGUGGUUUUAUGACAAUAAAUAAUAUGAUAUGGAUGACAUAUGCAUCACAAUUUGCUUUGACAUGUUGGAUAUGUACAUUUGCUUGUCGAGAAUCAGCUAAAACUGGUUUACUAAUUCACGAAAUUAUUGUGAGACGAAUGCCAAAAGGUCCAAGAUCAUGUGAACUUUAUGCUAUUGAAACAAAUCAAAAUUAUGAUGAUCCUGAAGUUUUAUUACGUAAUGAAAUAUCAGAUUUUUCAGCACAACUUGAUCAUAGUAUUAUUAAAUUUACAGCAUGUGAAUUUUUUUCAAUGAAUAAUGAAUUAUUACAAUGUUUUAUCGGCGUUAUUACGACAUAUCUUAUAAUUUUAGUUCAAUUUUAUGUUCCUGAGCAUUGAUACAAGUACAUCAAUACCAAAAAAAAAAACUAAAAAAUAAUCCACAAAAUAAU